AUGGAGAAACUAAACAAUGAAGAUGGACAACUUUUCAUCAAGGUUGGUCCUGACCCACUGUGGUUACUCUUGCCAUCCAUAUUCUCCCCGAUCACUAACCGGUCUUGCGAUGCUUUGCAGAACCUCGCCAGCUUUGUUCGCACCCACGAAAAAGCGCUCGCCAAUGCCUUGCAGCUUCGGCGCCAGCCUAAAAACAAUGCACCCCCACAAUCUUCCACCAACUCUCCCACGAGCUCGGGGGGCACCUUGUCCUCGACAUCGCUGACUCUCGCGGCGGCCUUGUCCUUUGGGGCGCUCAAGUUCACCUCGCAGAACAUCAAGCCCGCCAAACUCACCCUGACCCCCCACCAUCUGUUCUAUCUCCUCUCCCGUUUCGAGGAACUCUCCGUUGCCGUGGGCCCCAUGAACGUCCGGCUGGAGAAUAUCCACACUGAGGUCUCCCAGUCCUAUGUUUCCUUCCUCAAUAAGCCCCAGCGGUCCAAGGGCGAUCGGGACUCGAUCCAUUCCGUAUCCAGCGUUCGUAGCGUCAUGUCCGGUAUGAGUGGCCUCUGGUCCUCGUUUGGCCUGGGAUCCAAGGACUCUUCCUCCAAAUCGGACAAGGCCAAAGCCGCCCUGGAAGCGGAUCUCAAGUACCUCUACUCGGCCUUUACUAAAAUCCCUUGCCUGCGCCUGGCUCCGGACCACCGCGCCCGCCUGAUCCGCGGUUAUGAAGAAUUUCCUUUCGACACGGCUGUGCCGCUGCAUUCUUUCAAAAAUUUGAGCGCUUUAGAGAUCAUUGACAUAGACUACCGCUCCUUCUACGGCUGGGACCGACUGUCCGAGCAACUGCGCACCCUGUCCAUCAAACGAGCUCAUCUAGACGACCCGGCCGACCUUCUCACGAGGAUCGUGCUGGAUGACAUCGAUAAGCGUCGACGACGAUCGGCCAAGUCUCAACAGUCACCCUUGCUGGGAUGGAACAACACUGUCAAUACGCAGCCAGUAAACUCCCCCGAUCUCGCCAAUUCCUUCUCGGCCCCCGGGUCCCCGGUCGUCGAGACCGCGCUGGGAACCAGCAGCAGCCCCAAGGCGACUCCAAUGAUGCGCGCCGGGUCGGAAGGUGGCAAGAUUCGUGCGCGCGCCGAAAGCAUCUCGCCCACUCGGCCCGCAACGAAACAAAGUCACCGUCACAAUCGUGGCCAACGCAUUCGACGGACGGGCUCCGGGAGUUCGAAUUCGAGCGAGACUUCCGGUGGAUAUCGAACUGGCAGCUCCUCAACCCUGCUUGCGGGCGUUCUCCCGCCCUCUAAAUGGCGAUUCCUGCGCCACCUCGGUCUCCCCGAGAACUCACUUACGUCGAUUUCCACUGCCAGCUUGGCUCCCGUGGCCAGCACCCUCAACUCGCUGGAUCUGUCGUCCAAUCUCUUGACUGAGAUCCCAGACAGUCUGACAUCUCUGAUGGCAUUGCGAGCCCUUAAUCUGUCGCAUUGCAUGAUCGAGUCCCUGCACUCGCUGUCCCGAAACCCCCUUCCUGCUAUCACUGCUUUGAACCUUCGCGGCAACCGGCUUCGCUCCCUGGCAGGCAUUGAAAGAUUGCUUUCGCUGGAGAGACUAGAUCUGCGGGACAACAACCUCUCGGACCCGACUGAAAUGGCACGGCUCACCAGUCUCCCUGAGAUACGGGAGAUCUGGGUGUCUGGAAAUCCGUUCGUGAAGACACAUUCCAGCUAUCGCGUCGUGAUCAUGAAUCUCUUCCGUCGUACGCCAGGCUACUCGGAGGACAUCAUUAUCGAUGGCCGGGGCCCAGGCUAUACCGAGAGGAAGCAGCUCGUCGAGCGAGUUGCAGAGCCCGAAGGAGCACCCGUGGUGCGGUCCAGCGCCGCGGAUCAAUCGACGAUUGUCAACAAGCCACUGCCACCCACCCCGGCGCCCACCCAAGCGGCCUCGAAGUCGGCUUUCGUUGAGGAAGAGUCGCAUGCAAAGGCUCACAGGCGGAAUGAAAGUGACGGAGGAACCAAUCGCCGGAAGAAGAUCCAGCGACGCAGGAUCGUCGACCUUUCACACGACAAUCCGUUUAUUGCAGAUGGACUCGGCAAUGCGGGAUCUACACUCGCCCCAGUCCUUCCCACUCAGCAGAUUCAAGCCCCGACUAACCCAUCCAUCGUGGUCCCUGAUCAUCCGUGGAAGCUGGACAGUGGGACCCAGUCCGGGUCAUCCAGCAUUCAGAGCCCGGCAAAGAACCUGCACUCUCCCAGCCCUCCUCCCUUGCAGACUGCCGUAGUGCAGCCCGUUCAAAACAAGGACUGGGCACUGGAUGAAGAGCUUUGCCGGCAGCAGCUGGAGGCUCUGCAGCAAGGCAUGGGCCACCCAUGGCUCACUGUUCUGGGUGGCCAUCCCUGGGACAGCCCCCAGAAGCAUCUCACUACCCACCUGACCGGGACCGGCUUGGAUCACUCGGCUCUCCCAACCUCGCCUCUCACUCGUGCAAGCAGCCAAGCAAUCCUUAGUGGAGGCCAUGCCUUGGGCGGAUAA